UUUUUUCACUUCGUCUUCUUCAUUGCUGCGACUUCUGUUUCGGCGAUAGUGAAGGAUUUGGAAAGGGAUAUUUGUCACAUUGCUCUUCUCAUCCCAUCAACUCUCAAGUCGGCAAUCCGACGGAAAAUUUCAUUGCGUUUUCUCGGCCGUGAGUUUUGUUUUUUCGAUAUGCAAUAUAUUCAUUUGAUUGGCGGUGGAAGAGGGCGGAACUAGGGUUUCAACAGGGGCUGUCGAAGAGGAUUCUGACAAUCUGGGCGUGUAGCCGCGGUCAAGCCUAGUGCAACACCACCUUCCUUUUCAUUUUUAGCCCCCUCAGUACGCUUGGAAGUCGCCGGCUGCGCACUGGGUUACGAAAAUUCUGCAAGUCGCUGAUUAUAGAUCAGGCUAUGGCCAAACCUUCGUGACUUCGCCACAACACCAUCCACGCCAGCCGAACUACAAUCGGACGUUUGGACACCCGUCAAACCCGCCGUCGACGAAUUCUGGGAACGUUUGUGAGCUUAACCCCUGCCGAAGAUUCACAGGAGUGCAAGUUGAAUUCUCAUUCCAGUGCGCGAGAGCUCCAACUUCACUAGCACCACCACCGCCGAAGUCGCGUCCAUGAGGAAGAUUUUGAGAUUUAGGGUUGAGUACGUAUUGAAUUGUUUUUUAAUCUCUUUAAUUUAAUUUCUUUUUAUUUAUGCUUAUGUGGCGGCCAAGUACGGAAGUACCCACUCCAAAGCUUAUGUGGCGAGCCAAUGUGACAUUUACCGGCUGUUACCGGAGGUGUGACCUGAUAAUGGGGUCAUAAGACUCAAAAUUGUGAGUUCAUUGCACUUUUAAAAAGUUCAUGAGCUUAAUUGACUUUUUGUGAAAUGUUCGGGUCUAUUUGCACCUUUUUCCUAAAAUUUAAUAACACAUAAUAUAAGAAACGUACUUAUGCGUAAGUCCACAUUACACUGAACAAUGGUAUAAGGAUUGCCCAUGAUGCCGCCUUCGUUUAUAUUUGGGGAUUGUGUUGUUGAAAGGCAAACAUGAAAUCCGAAUGGAGGAAUUAUAAUGGUGGCUCUGCGUCCUCAUCUGAAUAGGCGUUUAAUCUGCAAGCAAUCAUGGCGUCUGAUCACCAUUCUCAAGCUGAAAUGCAACACCAUAUCACAUAUCCACCAAGUCCAAGCUCAAGCCGUCACCAGAGGCUGCCUCUCUCCGUUCAACCAAACUCCUCUCCUCACUCAAAUCCUCCAUUCCUUCACUUCCCUCCUCCCCCUCCCCGCCUUUACUCCCUCCAUUGCCGCCCACCUUAACUACGCCACCGCCAUUUUCAACCUCAUCCGCACCCCGUCUUCCUUCUGUUACAACACCGUCAUUCGAUCCCACGCCCUUCUUUCUUCCCCCACAACUGCCCUCGGCUUCUUUACUGAAAUGCAGAGAUCCGGCGUCCCACCUGACUCGCAUACUUUUCCUUUUGUGCUCAAGGCUUGUGCUUCUUUGGGUUCGAGUUUUCUUGCACGGGCGAUCCAUUGUCAAGCCCUGAGAUUUGGGUUCUUGGUGGAUGUGUAUGUGGUCAAUAAUCUUGUUCAUGCGUACUGUUUGAACGGCGGAGUUGAGGAUGCGUUUCAGGUGUUCGAUGAAAGUUGUUACAGAGAUGUGGUUUCGUAUAAUGUGAUGAUUGAUGGGUUUGUUAAAGCCGGCGAGACGGGGAAGGCGAGGGAGCUGUUUGACGAAAUGCCUGUGAGAGACACGUUCUCUUGGGGUGCCCUUAUUGCAGGCUAUGCAAAAAUGGGCCAGUGCAGGGACGCUAUCAACCUGUUCGAUCAAAUGCUUGACUUGAAUUUUCUGAAACCUUGUAAUACAUCAUUGGUUUCGGCUCUCUCAGCUUGCUCGCAGCUGGGGGAAUUAGAGAAAGGAAUGAGCAUACACAAUCAUAUCAAGCAAAAUGGAGUCUGUAUUGAUGCAUUCUUGGCCACCGGCCUGGUCGACAUGUAUGCCAAAUGCGGCUGCAUAGAGGCAGCUAGGGAGGUGUUCGAGACAUGUAGCGAAAAAAAUCUCUUCACAUGGAAUGCCAUGCUUGUUGGAUUAGCCAUGCACGGUCAUGGCAAAUCGUUGCUCGAUUACUUCUCACAAAUGGUGGCUUCUGGCACAACACCUGACGGGGUAACCUUCUUGGGAGUGCUAGUGGGCUGCAGCCACGCAGGCAUUGUUGACGAAGCCAGGAAGCUUUUCGGAGAGAUGGAGAGUGUGUAUGGAGUCCCCAGAGAGCUGAAGCACUACGGGUGCAUGGCAGACUUGCUUGGACGCGCAGGGUUGAUCAAGGAAGCCAUGGAGAUGAUAGAGAGAAUGCCAAUGAAGGGCGACGUGUUCGUGUGGGGCGGUUUGCUUGGCGGGUGCAGGACGCAUGGGAAUGUGGAGAUUGCAGAGAAAGCUGCUGAGAGGGUAAUGGAGAUGAAGCCUGAAGAUGGAGGGGCUUACUCCAUACUGGCAAAUGUUUAUGCCAAUACAGAGCGUUGGGAUGAGUUGGUGAAGAUUAGGAGAAUGAGAGAUGGUGGGAGAAGCAUAAAGAAGAAUGGUGGUUGCAGUUUGAUUCAUUUGUAGACCUGCGAGGUUAGUUCUAAGUCAUAGACCAUGUGACUUAAAGACCACUUCAGCCACAGAGGGAGAAUGGACUCUCCAAGUAGUUGACGGAAAUGUGGAGAUGAAUCUCGUGUGCAGAGUCAACAUAGAGACUGACUAGAAGGUUGUUUGGAAGACUUGCGAUUUAUCUCUAGCGACUCUUGGGCAUUGGUUCUAAAAAAUAGAAUUACACAAGAGCGACGUUUAUUUAAUACAUUCUCUUAGAGAGUGAUUAUGGUUUGUGGGGAAGAUUUCCGGGUUCAAUUCCUACAAGUGACGAUUCCCUGCGCUAGCUCCCGUGCCUCCCGGAGCGAAUGUGGGUGAACGGACGGAAAAAGACCCCGUGAAUUUAUUAAAAAAAAGAGAGUGAUUGCGUGGUUCUUACUAUUACCCAAAAAGACUAGAAUUAACUCUAUUAUUUUUUUUCAUAACUCAUUGUGAUUUUGAACAAUUCGUGUAAAUAGUAUAUAAAUAUGAAGAGUUAUGACUUUUAUCAAAACUUAUAUCAAAUGAUAAAAUAUUUGGUGUUAAAAA